AUGCCGGCAGCCACCAGGAAACGAUCUGUUCGGCCGGCGAAGAGCCAAGCUGCGGGAGAUAGCGAGAGGGCCAUACCGACCAGCAGCAUUGAUAAGGUUCCGGCGGGAACCCGGCGCAGCAAACGUCUCGGUCACGUUGAUGUGGAGGACAUUAGGGAUUUUGAGGCUAUACGAGUGAAGAGAAGACGAAGAAGUCAGAAGGAUGCGGAGGAAGAAGAUCAGGUGGACGUAGAUCAAGGCAGCGUCGAAAAAGAUGGUCAAGGAGAACGAGACGAACAGACAACAGAAGAUGGUCUAGACGAAGAAGAUGAAGAAGUAACAGACGACCAAAGCGAAGGUGCAGCUCUGCCAUUGGUAGCGGAGGCACCGAUGGAAGCACAAAUUGCCAAAAAACGAGGACGGCCGAGAAAGAUACGUGAGGAUCUCCGGGUAGAUACAUUGCGUAGGGAAGCAACGAAUACCCAUCGUACGAACGCAAGCCGUGCCAGAAAGGGGCAGAUAACUCAAGAGUCCAGUCGACUCUCGAGAACGAAAGCGACGAAACAAAGUGAAGGCUUUCUGAAUGCCGACGCUUCUCAAGCGACGCCAGACCCAGAUAUCGAGGACGAACCUGCCGCUGCUGCAGGCCGCAGAGCGGAUAUCUAUGAGUUUGCGAGUAGCCCACCUAGAGGGUCUGCCGUCGCAGUCGACCUUUCAAUGUCAUCAUACGAAGAGGACGAAUCGUCCGAUUCGCGAUCUGAUUCACAAGACCCAGACAAUGGGGAUGGACUGUUUGUCGAGCGCGAGACUCAGAACACAGACGGGGAGGGCGCAGAGCAAGGCUCGGCGCAAGGCUCAGAAGAAGGCGACGGGGAUGGUGAUGAUGAUGAGCAACUCUACAACGAUCCAACUAUGGCUGAGUUGCCGCCGUCUGCACAAGUAAGGGGGGAUGAUGCCUAUCCAGGGGAUACCGACUCCCAAAUGGAGCCACAUCCAAUAGAGCCAACGCAGCAGCUUCGACGUUUGGUUGAUGAUAUGGACCCUUUGACUCCUGACCUCUUUCCGGAGGUUGAUUACGAGUACCCGGACGAUCAUUUCAUCUUUCACAAGCCCGAAGAACAAGACCGACUGACCGCGGCGGCAGUCAAAUCACCGUCAUUGAAGAGCAUCAAGGAGUUGAUGAAUGGGGUGGGUUGGAUGCGCUCCAAAGACGGAAGAGCAGUUGACCUCACAACCGGGCCGGCGCAACUCUCGCAGAGAACUCAGCCUCUCUGGGACCGAAUUCACCUACUCAACGAUUUCUGGGAAGGAGCACCUCGUGCGCCCCUCUUCAGUAAACAAUGCGACUAUUUGCAUUCGAGCGAUGCAGAUGCGGUCGAUGCCAGGCACACCUUCAAGGAAGUCGACACACUUGUUUAUAGGAUAGCCACGAAAGCGAAGAAGCCCAGCCCCGGCGAUGAAUCUGACAUGCCGGCGCCACGUUUCGUUAGGGAGCUGUACGAAAGUGUCAUUCCUUUGCUUGUGGUCACGCUUGGAAACGUAUUCCAAAAGGGUACUGAGCACAAUACAUCACAUUACACCGGGUCGUUCACGAAAACGAUGUUGCAAAUUAUGCACAGACUGGUUGCUUGGAUUGAGAAGCUAUACUAUGGCAUGCUCUCAAACCUUGCGAGGAGGAGGCAGAAGGAGCAAUUACUAUCCAAGAAGCUCAGUCGAGGGAAGCUGGCCGACUAUUUACGAGGCUUCAAGCGAGAGCUGGAUGUGACUUGGACCAAGGUCAAUCACACGAUUCAGCGGCAACGACUUUACGAACAGCGGUUCGUUGAGAAGAAACAGAAGGAAAAGCGAGAGCGGCACGAAUACGAAGAGACCAGACGACGACAACGGGAGUUUUGCGAUAGACGACUGGAAGAGCGGAUUGCAGCCGAGAAAGCACGCAGAAUGGCAGGCUCCCCGCAACAGAGUCAACAAAGCAGGUACGAGAGACAGCAGGCUGGACCAGUGAAUCGUCAUCUACAUACUACGCGAGGAUCGGUGGACGUUGAGCCCUUUGCCUGGCCUGAAGCAGAUGCCAAGUGGCUUCUACAGACGUUGUCCGCAAGACCAGACUCUGGUACUCAAGCGCUCGCAAUGAUGCUCAAACGCGACGAAGGCGAUGUCAUAGCUAUGAUCAGCUUGCUUAAGCAAAGCGCCAGGGCACACGCAGCAUCGAGAGGCAAGGAGGUUCCGGCAUUUGCAGCAACUUGA